AUGGCCCGUGAUAAGGUGAUGAAACUGACGAAGGGAAACUAUCCGGCGCCAUUGAAAAUUCUGGAAGUCGUGCGCGAGGGAAUUGUCGGUGGCCCGGCCAAAGGCUAUGCUAUGGAAUCUCAGUAUUUCGGUGAACUGGCAAAGACUACACAAUCAGCCGCCUUGAUCGGUCUCUUCAAUGGAUCGACUGAUUGCAAGAAGAACAAAUAUGGAGAAGGCCGACCUGUCAAGGAGAUUGCCGUUGUCGGUGCUGGCUUGAUGGGGGCUGGAAUUGCCAAUGUCACCAUUGACAAAGGCAUUCGUUCGGUGCUUCUUGAUGUCAACCAGUCGGGCUUGGAGCGCGGCCAGAACCAGAUUCUGACCCAUCUUUCCACGGCUGUCAAGCGGAAGAGGCUGAGCCUUUUGGAAAAGGAGAGGAUCGUCACCAACCUCGAGGCGACCACCGACUACAGCCGGAUGAAGAAUGCUGAUAUUGUCAUCGAAGCCGUCUUUGAAGAUCUUUCCCUGAAGCACAAGGUGGUCAAGCAGAUUGAGUCCAUCGUCCGUCCGGAAUGCAUUGUCGCAACCAACACUUCCGCUCUGCCAAUUGCCGAUAUCGCCAAAGCCAGCGCCCGCCCGGAAAAUGUCAUUGGCAUGCACUACUUCUCGCCGGUGGAAAAGAUGCAGCUUCUUGAGAUCAUCACCCAUGAAGGGACCUCCAAGCAAACCAUCGCUACUGCUGCUCAACUGGGUCUGAAGCAAGGAAAGCUGGUCGUCGUGGUCAAGGUGGGACUGGACGUGGCAGAGCAUGUUGCUCAUUUCCUCUCGGGCGCCCUCGGAGCGCGAGUGGGCGGCGGAAACCCACAGAUUUACACGGAUCUGGUGGCAGCUGGCAUGAAGGGAAGGAAGUCGAACAAGGGCUUCUACAAUUAUGGGGAUGGCAAGAAGGGCAGCAAGAAGGCGAACGAGGAGGCCCUAAAGAUUAUCAAGAAAUACCGCGUGGCCGCCCCAGCCGACGUCAGCAGCGUUGAGGACCAGCAGAUCAGAGUGCUUUGCCGCUUCAUCAACGAAGCCAUGUACUGCCUUCAAGAGGGUGUGAUUAGCCAACCGUCUGACGGCGACAUCGCUUCGGUGUUUGGCGUUGGCUUCCCGCCCUUCUGGGGUGGCCCCUUCCGCUUCGUCGACCUCUACGGAGCCGAAAAGCUCGUCACCAAAAUGGAUAAGUACUCCCGCGCCUAUAACCGCGAACAGUUUGCGCCGGCUCAGAUUCUCCAGGAUUACGCGAAGUCUGGCAAGAAGUUCUAC